GGGAAAGCUUGAAGGACGGCGGGUGAGUGAGGGCGGCGGGACGGCGUAGCUUUGCCGGCGAAGAAAAUGUCCUCACAAAAACCAAUGAGAUAUGGACAUACAGAAGGCCAGACAGAUGUCUGUUUCAAUGAUACUGGAAGUUGUAUUGUAACUUGUGGCAGUGAUGGAGAUGUAAGAAUUUGGGAAAGCCUGGAUGAUGAUGAUCCAAAAUCCAUUAAUGUAGGCGAAAAAGCCUACUCAUUUGCUCUCAAGAAUGGGAGAUUGAUUACUGCAGUAUCUAACAACACUGUCCAAAUCCAUACAUUCCCAGAAGGUCUUCCAGAUGGUAUCUUGACCCGUUUUACCACAAAUGCAAACCAUGUUGUUUUCAGUGCUGAUGGGAGCAAAGUAGCUGUUGGAUCUAGUGAUUUUCUGGUGAAAAUAGUGGAUGUAACUAACAGCAGCCAACAAAAGACAUUUCGAGGACAUGAUGCGCCUGUUUUGAGUGUGUCAUUGGAUCCAGCUGAUACCUUUCUGGCAUCGGCUAGCUGUGAUGGAUCUAUCAGAGUGUGGAAAAUUUCAGAACAGAAUUGUGAGAUAAGCUUGCCGCUGCUGCAAAAAUGUAAUGAUGUGAUAAAUGCAAAAUCCUUAUGUAGACUGGCCUGGCAACCAAAAACAGGAAAGCUACUAGCCAUUCCAGUAGAAAAAGCAAUCAAACUAUAUAGAAGAGAAACAUGGGAUCAUGAACUGGAUCUAUCAGAUAAUUUUAUCACACAGCCCCUAAAUGUUGUGGCCUGGUCUCCAUGUGGACGAUAUUUGGCAGCUGGAAGUAUCGGUGGCUGUAUAGUCAUUUGGAAAGUGGAAACCCAAGAAUGCCUGGAAAGGGUGAAACACGAAAAAGGUUACACUGUCUGUGGUCUGGCAUGGCAUCCCAAAGGUGGCCAGCUUGCUUAUACAGAUACAGAAGGCAAUCUUGGACUACUUGAGAAUGUCUGUGAUGUAGAAAGGAAGAAAUCAAUCCAUAAGGCACCCGAUUCUUCUUUCAAAAGCUACGAUGAACUUUUUGAUGAGGAUGACAAAGAGGACUUUCUGAAUAGGGAUUUCAGUGAGGAUGACUGGGGCUCUAAGGCAGCAACAAAUGAUGAAGAUGAAGAUGACUUUAAGAUGGCUUCGGGACGUCCCAGAAACCGAGGCACAAUAAUAGAAGAUGAUGAGAACUCUCUAGAUACUGGAUUGCUGAAAGCUAAUUCUGCCCUUGAUAAGGAGGAAGAAGAGGAUGAUUUGGACCAUUUUCCAGUUCAGCCACUGCCAUCUGACCAGAGGCCGCUCUACAGUGGGCCAUUGCCAACUCCUCAGCAAAAGCCAUUCCAGUCUGGUUCUACUCCAAAACAUCUCACUCACCGCUUCAUGGUAUGGAACUCUGUGGGUAUUGUUCGCUGCUAUAAUGAUGAACAAGACAAUGCUAUUGAUGUUGAAUUCCAUGAUACUGCAAUACAUCAUGCAAUGCAUUUGCCAAAUAAUUUGAAUCACACAAUGGCAGACCUUUCCAGUGAAGCUAUUUUAUUGGCCUGUGAGAGCACAGAGGAACUAGCAAGCAAGCUACAUUGCAUCCAUUUCAACGCCUGGGAUUCUAACAAGGAAUGGACUGUUGAUAUGCUGCAGGAUGAAGACAUUGAAGCUGUUUGUUUGGGCCAGGGCUGGGCUGCAUGCGCCACCAGUUCUCUUCUGCUUCGUGUGUUCACCAUUGGCGGAGUUCAGAAAGAGAUUUUCAGUUUCCCUGGACCUGUGGUGUCGAUGGCAGGACACGGAGACCAGCUGCUGGUGGUUUUUCACAAAGGCACUGGAUUUGAAGGGGAUCAGUGUCUUGGAAUUCAGCUUCUAGAACUUGGGAAAAAGAAAAGACAAAUUUUACGUGGUGAAUCUCUUCCUCUUUCCAGGAAAUCCUAUUUAGCAUGGGUAGGCUUUUCAGCAGAAGGUACUCCUUGUUAUGUGGAUUCUGAGGGUAUUGUACGAAUGCUGAACCGAAAGCAUGGUAAUAUUUGGACCCCAGUCUGUAAUACAAGGGAGCACUGUAAAGGGAAGUCAAACCAUUACUGGAUUGUUGGCAUUCAUGAAAAUCCUCAGCAGCUCAGAUGCAUUCUUUGUAAAGGAGCUCGUUUUCCAGCUACGCUUCCCCGUCCUGCGGUAACAGUGCUGCCAUUUAAGCUCCCUUUUUGUCAAACUGCAACAGAUAAGGGUCAAAUGGAGGAGCAAUUCUGGCGCUCAGUCUUGUUCCACAACUAUUUAGACUAUUUAUCCCAAAAUGGAUAUGAAUAUGAUGAAAGUGUGAAAGGUCAGGCAGUCCAAGAUCAGCAGAAUCUCCUGAUGAAAAUGUUUGCAUUAUCUUGCACACUGGAACGCGAAUUUCGCUGUAUGGAGCUUGCUGAACUCAUGACACAAAAUGCCACGAGCUUAGCUAUCAAAUAUGCCUCUCGCUCGCGGAGGCUAAUUCUUGCCCAGAAACUCAGUGAACUUGCCGCUGAGAAGGUCUCAGAGCUGGCAUCUGCUGAAGAGUAUGCUGAGCAAGAAGAGGAAGAAGAGAAACAGCAGCCAGAUUUUAGAAACCACCUGAAUGCUGGGUACAGUAACAGCCCCACAGAAUGGAGUCGUGCUCGGGAAAGAAACAUUCAAUGCCAGCAAAAUAUGGAGACCCACGAAGAGGAUGAGGAGAAAGUGAAUGCCCUUCAUGAGGCAAAAACUAGCUCUCCCACGCCGCAUGGAAAUGCAUCUGCUUCGAAGUCUGAUGUCACUGCAUCUAGCAACUCAAUACGAGUAAAUCCUUUUAAGGUAUCCAGUAGCCAAAAAGAUGCAUUUGUUCACUCGCCCAAUAUUCUGGAUAACCUGACAAGGCUGCCUAAGAAAACCCCCACAAUGAAUAGUCAAGGAGUUCCAAACAAGAAGAGUCCAAUCAUCAAACCGUUGAUUCCCAAGCCCAAGACAAAGCAGCCUGCAGCAACUGCGUUUUUCCAACCCCGAGCACUUACUACUGAAAAGAAAGCCAGAGAAGAUAGAGAGGACAAAAAUGACACUGUACCAUCUGAACUUCAAACUGUGACUGAGAACAAAGAUAAUAAAAGGCCAAAGACUGGGUUCCAGAUGUGGCUAGAAGAGAACAGAAGCAGUAUUUUAUCAGAUAAUCCUCAUUUUGAAGAAACAGAAAUAAUAAAAGAAGGCAUGGUUCGAUAUAGAGGUCUAUCUGCUGAGGAAAGGAUGGCUUGGACGGAGAAAGCCAAAGGCAGAGAAACCAGUAAUCCAUCUGAAGGGAAAAAACGAAAGCGCCCGGAGGAUGUUAACAAUAAAGAGCAUGAAGGCCAAGAACAAAACUCAGAAGAGGAUGUGGGCUCUACUAAAAAAUCCAAAGCAUUUAACCAGUCUACCUUCGCAAAACUGUCAUCAUUUGCAUAUAAGCGGAGUUAAAUAAAUAGUUUACUUGUCAACAUUAGCCUGUAGUAUUUAAAACUUUUCCAACGGAUGGAUGAAGACUGUUCCCCUAAGGAAAUGCGCUUCUGUUUUGAACAUUCAAGAAAAGGAAGUUUGUGGAAACAUGGCUAUGAACAUAUACAGAAUACAUGGAUUUAGGAAUGGAGGUUCAUAUUCUGGAGCAAGGUGACCUAGUCUGAAGCUCUCUGAAACGUUCUGUUCCUGUGCAAGCACAUCCCUGAAGGCUCUAUGGCUGCAGUUAUAGCUUAUCUUCGUAGUGUAGGAUAGUUAGUAGCCUAAUUUGCCUUUAUAGAUCUCAAGGUGUUACCGUUGUGACUGUAGACUGGGUUCCAACUGAUGUAUAUUUGUGACCUAAAUCCAGGUAUUCUCUAAAUUGCUUCUUCAGAUACCACAUGUGGGUAGUGCUUUAUAGGACACUAAAGCAAGAGAGGACAAAAUGGAGCAUGUGGAGGAGGAGACAUGUGACUCAGGAGAUGAACUGUGUGCUAACUUGAGACCAAGUUCCAGUUUCUUUUCUCCAUUUCCUCCAUGCCCAGCAUAUAACAAGGAUUGUUAUUUUUUCUGCCUCACUAUCAGCCGAAUGUAGUAAUAGAGCCAGCUCAUUAUUUCCUUGCCAUUCAAGUUAAAACCUCCAAUGGUUUGUGUCAUUCAACUUCCAUUCUAGAGAAAUCCAUAAAGAAUGGAUUUUAGUUACCUUGAUUCAGACUCCUGCCAGACUGGACUGACUCCAUAUAAGUCAGGGGUCUUCAACCUUGGCAACUUUAAGACUUGUGGACUUCAACUCCUCAGCUUUGCUGGCUGAGGGACUCUGGGAGUUGAAGUCCACAUGUCUUAAAGUUGCCAAGAUUGGAGACCCCUGAUAUAAGUCAUAUUCCACUCCCAGGUAGCAUUGUAUUCUAGAAGUUAAAUCAAAGUCCAAUUUAUGGGAGGAUCCUAGCCCCUGGCAUUAAAAGGUAUCCUUUAGUUCUGUGUAGUAAACUGAAAAAUCCCAGGCUCAGACUAUUAUGCCAUUGUUCUCCACAUCUUAUAAUGUUUUAUUUUUAUGUUACUGGUGAUUUUAAAUAAAGCAAGAACCUUUUUUAUUUUGGCUGUUGAACACUUUAUUUCCGUUUUCAACAUCUUUCACUGGUAAUCCUCACUUAGUGACUAGAAUUGAAACGGGCAAAUCCACUGCUAAAUGUUGUGGGGGAGAAAAUCACUUUCCAGUAAGUGCAGUGGCUGCAAUGGACUUAGAAUAUCACUUUCCAUUUGAUUGUUAGGUAAGUCAGCGCAGUCAUUAAGAAAAACAUCACACGACAAGUUUUUACUUCUAUAUUCUUCAUUAGCUCUACUUGUCACAAGUCAGUUGGAAAGAACAAAAAUGGCAGUCACAUGACUGGGAGACUGCCAGUUGUAAAUUUGUGCCAAUUGUGAUAUGUCCAAGUGUAACAUGGAUGCUCUUAACAGUCAUAAAUGUGAGGGAUUGGUCACAAUUUUUUUAUACUGUUCCAACUUUAAAUGGUCACUAAAGUUGGUAAACAAGGACUACUAAAAUUGAAACCUGCAAAUUCCUCCAAAAUCUCUUAAACCAGCCAUAUAAUUGUCUUUACUUCUGGCCACCUGAGAAUGCUGAGAAUACAUUGAUAAUGCCAGGUGUUCCCUCCAUCUGACCCAAAGAAUAGUGUAAAAACAGUUCAGUGAGUGGGCUGGGGCAAAAUUUUAGUACUUACUACUUACACACAGCAAUCCUCGUACUAGGAAAGUUUAAAAAAGAAAGCAUGAAUA